GCGUGUUAGCUAGCUUCCGUAAUCAACUUUGUUUCUACAUGUAAAGUAGAACCACGUCUACAAAUUGUUAUGAUCUUCCUCCCAAGCUGUCCAGCUCGUACAACUCAUGUCUUUAUAAAAAGACUUAUCGAUUUCAUGUAAUCUUAAUUACUGGACGAUCGAAAAUUUAUUCCAAUCUCAUCCCCUGGAAAAAAAAAAAAAGAAGAAAUAUCAAGAUCAUCAGCCAAAAUAUCAUGGAGGGAGUGGCCGAAGACAUAGUGAUUGUGGGAGCUGGAAUUGCUGGCCUUACAACAUCCUUGGGACUUCAUAGGCUGGGCAUUCGAAGCCUUGUAUUGGAAUCCUCGGAUAGUUUGAGAACCACAGGAUUUGCCUUCACAACAUGGACAAAUGCUUGGAAGGCCCUAGAUGCAGUUGGCCUUGCCUCCUCUCUUCGACAACAUCAUCAACGGCUUCUUGAGAAUGUGACUACCUCUACAAUUUCAGGGCUUCAAACCUCGAAGAUUUCAUUUGAAGCCAAAGGAAAACAUGCAGAACACGAAGUUCGUUGUGUUAAAAGGAAGUUGCUGUUGGAAGCCCUUGCAGAGGAACUUCCAAGUGGGACGAUCAGGUACUCUUCCAAGGUGGUUUCUUUAGAGGAAUCAGGCUCCUUGAUGCUUGUGCAUCUUGCUGAUGGGACCAUUCUCAGAACUAAGGUUUUAAUUGGGUGUGAUGGAGUGAACUCGGUGGUAGCAAAGUGGCUGCAUUUCAAGAAACCAGCUUUCGCAGGGAGAUCUGCCAUAAGGGGCUUUGCUGACUUCAAGCGCAAUCAUGGAUUUGAGAACAAGUUCAUGCAGUUCUUUGGGAAAGGUUUCCGAUCUGGUUUUCUUCCUUGUGAUGAUAGCAAGGUCUAUUGGUUUUUCACCUGGACUCCCUCCAGCCAAGAUAAAGAGAUAGAAGAUAACCCGGCUAGGAUGAAACAAUUUGUGUUAGGCAAGCUUGAAAAAGUUCCUGAUGAAAUAAGGAAUGUAAUUGAAAACACUGAACUAGGUGGUAUGACAUCAUCGGCAUUAAGGUACAGACAUCCCUGGGAGCUUUUUUGGGGAAAUGUCAGCAAAGGAAACGUCUGUGUAGCUGGCGAUGCACUCCAUCCCAUGACCCCUGACCUUGGCCAAGGUGGUUGUUCUGCCUUGGAAGACGGCGUUGUUUUGGCCAGGUGUCUUGGUCAGGCUCUACUGAAAAGACCAAGUGGGGAUCAGACAAAAGAUAAUAUGGAAAGAGAAAGAGAUCAUGAUGAAUAUAAAAGGAUUGAAUCGGGGUUAAAGAAGUAUGCCGAAGAGAGGAAAUGGAGAAGCAUUAACCUCAUUACUACAGCUUAUAUUAUUGGUUACAUUCAAGAUGGUAGUGGAAAAGCUAGAAGCUUCUUAAGGGAUAAAAUACUAGCCAGAUUCCUUGCUGGGUUGCUGCUGAAGAGGGCUGAUUUUGAUUGUGGAAAACUUGUUUAGAAAUUCUUAAAAUGUAGUGAGUGCAUAUGCUUUGUAUAAUUGCUGCUGCAAAAUGCCAAGUAUUUGUUUCUUUGUUUGUUUGAGGAAUGAGUGGCUUUUAUUUGUUCUAAAGUGUAAUCAAGCCUACUGUUAGGCCUGCGGUUUGAUUUACUGUUGGAGUUACUGUUGGGGUUAUCCCACAUCGGUUGUGGAAAGAAUUGGAUUGGCUGGUGGCCUGUUUAUGAUUGUGAGGGAAAACCUCACUCCUUGAGCUAACUUUUUGGAUUGAGAGAGCUCAUGACCACCCAACAGGUAUUUGUUUCCAUGGAAAGCAAUAAGGAUCAUGAUUUCAUUUGAGGUUCA